CGCGCACCACCGCGUAAGCUUCGUCGCGCGGGCAGUCGCGAUACCGCGGAACGGGGUCGAUCGAAAGCACCCACGACGAAGAAGCGGGAGGUCCGAGGAAAGUCGCGAGGUGGUGCGAGAGGGAUCACCGCGGCUUGCCGGUGGAGCCACCACCAGGCCGUGAUUCUCGCGAGGGGUUGGUCAGGAUAGGAAAGGGCAAUUGUACGUCCGCGGGAGGGGCGACAGGGAAAUCGCGUAUUGACGCGUCUGCGUGGUCACGCCGGCGCGUUACCUCGCUGUAAAGAGCAGGGCGAAGUGCUGAGGGGCGAAGGGGUGUGAUAGUCGCUUGGGGGAGAGGGUACGCUGAAAAGCUCUCUCUCUCGGGGGUCGGGCCAGCUUGAAUCGCUCAAUAUUCAACCCCUCGCCGUACGGGAGCGCCCGAGGAGAGCAGCGGCUCCUCCAGACGGGAGCACGAAUCGACCGUUCCUUCCUUUGCGCCCUCGCCCGCGGAGCUGUUCGAUCGCGGCCGACGUUCCGCCGCGCCGUCAGAGGAACCGUUGCCUCCGAGUGGAAGAAGGCCGCCGACGGCUGUACAGCCUUCGAGAGGGAUCAAGCGCUCGCGCGGGUGGCAGCGCAUUUUCCUCACCACUCUCUGCCUGUCGUCCCCGGAACGCGUUCGGCUCCUCGUUCCGCACCUCGCGCUUCGUCUUUCUCGCCGUCGUCGAUAGUACAGCGCAAUGGAGGGCAAGAAAGUCGAACAGUUUUACACCCCGCCGCCGAGACUCGGUAAAUGGGAGGGUUUCCGGGUCUUCCUGUGGAAUUCUGAGACGGGGCAAUUUCUGGGACGCACCGGCGCUAGUUGGGCUAAGAUCUUGCUGUUUUACGUGAUCUUCUAUGCCGUCCUGUCGGGCUUCUUUGGCGCGAUGCUCGCUGUCUUCUACCAGACGUUGGACCCGAACGCGCCGAAAUGGCAAUUGGACAACUCGCUGAUCGGCAGCAACCCCGGUCUCGGUUUCAGGCCUAUGCCACCCGAAAGCAACGUCGAGAGUACUUUGAUCUGGUACAAAGCCAGCGACGAGGGCAAUUAUCUUCACUGGACCAGGGAAUUGGACAAGUUCCUGGAAGAAUAUCAGAGGCCGGCUAGCGGCACGAACGGUUACGAGCACCGAAUGAAUUGCGAUUACGGCAAGGCACCGCCGGCGGGUAAGGUCUGCGACGUAAACAUGGCUACCUGGGGUAAAUGCACGAAGGAGAAUAAGUACGGUUUCAGCAAAUCUGCGCCUUGCAUUUUCUUAAAGCUCAACAAGAUCUUCGGAUGGAAGCCGCACUUUUAUAACGAUACGAAAAAUCUGCCGUCUUCGAUGCCGGUGGAUCUUCAGGAUCAUAUCAAGCAGGAGGAAUCCGCUGGCAGACUGGAUACCGUCUGGGUGUCCUGCGCCGGUGAAAACCCGGCCGACGUGGAGAACAUGGGCGCGAUUCAGUACAUACCGCGCCGGGGAUUUCCCGGCUACUACUUCCCCUUCACGAACACCCCGGGAUAUCUGAGUCCUCUCGUCGCUGUGUUCUUCGAGAAACCCAAAUACGGCGUGCUCAUCAACAUCGAGUGCAAGGCAUGGGCGCACAACAUCAUCCACGACAGAUUCGAAAGGCGCGGCUCGGUGCAUUUCGAACUGAUGGUGGACUAAGCCCGGCUGCUUCGGCCAAUCGUUAGACCACCACCGCUACCAACCGCGUCCACGUAGGAAGCCGCAAAAAAAAAAAAAAAAUAGUAGAGGACAGAGAGAAGACGUUUCUUUUUUAAUCUGCCUCGUUGGCCGACCGCGAUCACACCCUGUGCCAUCCGGUUUUCUCUCUGCCGACGAUACCGCCCCGGAUCAGCCUUACUUCUUCUCACCGUCGUCAUUUCAUCGUCGAUUCAUCGUCUUCGUCAUCGGGCACUCUACAACGACCGCGACACCUCAGUCCGUCUCUCCAAGUCGUUCGCCAAGAUAAAAAGGGAGACAUGGGAGCAAAGGGAAAUGGGAUAUAUAUCGAGGGGGCUAAAAAAAGGGGGAAGAAACAGCAGCUUCGAAGAAGUGUACGAAGAAGAGAACUCAACAUUAGCGAUCGACUACAAUUCGACGUGCACAAAACGAAACGGGGAAGGGAGGGUGGGAGGGGUCGAAAUAAACAGUCCCGCACAAAAAGCCGGGCGGUAUCCUCCCUUAUUUCUGCCAGGGUCGUGUCACGGGGAGUGAUCUCGACCAUCGACGGCUACGUCGAUCGUUCGCAAUACUACUUCAUUCGCGCGUGCGCGCGAGAAAGAGAAACAGGGGUUAAAAAUAAAGAGAGAAAGGGAAAAAGAAAGAGUGAGAAAAAGGGGAAAAAAGAGAUUCUCCCUCAGUUUCAGAGCCCACCGCCCGUUCCAGUUAGUACUCUUAUUAAGCUUUUUCGUCACACAUGUUCCUUUCCACGACGACGCGAGUUCGGCCGACGAGUCGCGUCGACGCGGCACCGCGGAUGAUCGAUGAUGAUCUUAGGUUUGGCCAUGUAGAUGUUUUAGAUUAUAGCGUAUUUCUGCCCGCCGCUACGACACAUCUCAAGAGAGAGAGAAAGAGAGAGAGAGAGAGAGAGAGAGAGAGAGAGAGAGCGAGGGAGCAAAAGAAAGGGAGGAAGAGGAGAGGGAGAGAGUUCUCACAAAGUGAAACUCAGCGAAUUCUUAAGAAGAGAAGAGCAAAGGGGUACAAGUACGCGUUAGGCUUGGUUGGAGUGGUCGCUGUCGAGGGGCAACGGCUGAACGUAGCUCACGUGACUUCAGCGACGAUUGCGAGCGAUACUGUAAUCGAGUCUCCCGGGUACAUUAGCCAAAAGUGACAUAAAGCUGCCAUCCGUCAGUAUCCGAAGCGAAGCGUCGAACGAAGUCGCGCGAGAGUUACGCGCAGAGUCUCACAGCCCCUCUCUCACCAUCUCUCCGAGCGUCAUCUGUAUUUGUAAGAUACAUAGUCGAUUAUUAUAGUUGACAGUUGAAGAAACGUAGGGAGUCGUUGAGGAAUUUCCGUUUAUCAAAAUACGAUCGAGCUUUA